CCACCACGACGCUCUCCAUCGCCAUCACUCCCAGCACCCAUCUUCCGUCCCUGAGAGUUCAGAUCCUAUCUCCUAGGAUCAGCUCUCGCUCACCAUCGACGAGUCCGUCCAGAUUGCGCGACUAGAGGGCAGAGCGCGGAAGGCGCUUGAACUCCACCCACCAUGUCGGGCAUCGCAUCCAAGAACCUGUUCGAGCUUCUAGGGAACGACCCCGAGCUCGACCCCGACAGAGCCCCCGAUCCACCAGCCAAGGCCAUUGAGAAGCCUGUUGCGAGAGCCGGCAAGCGAAACACGCCCGCCGAACCACCCGUCCGUGACGCCCGCGCCAGCCGAGGAGGCAACAAUGACGGAGGUUUCCGGAAUCGAGGAGGUGAAGGCAACCAGAACCGCAGCCGAGCAUCUGGAGAAUCUGGCGAGUCUGGAUAUCGUGGCCGUGGUGGACGUGGCCGUGGAGGACGCGGUCGCGGCGGUAACGGAGACCGUCACAGCCGAACCGGCAUAGCUGAACACGACAAGCAAACUGCCCACGGCUGGGGUGGCCAAACCGGCGGCGAUGAAUGGGCCGAUGAGAAGGCUGGCGAAGCUAUCGCCAAGGAGGAAGAGAAGGCCGAGGGUGUCGUCUCCUCCGACCAGGCAUGGAACGCCGAUGCCCAGCCCGCCGACCCCUUCGCCCACGAGAACGCUGGCGCUGAAGCCGCUGCACCUGCCGAGGAGCCCGAAGAGGACAAGACCAAGUCGUACACGGCGUGGCUUGCCGAGCAGGCGGAGAAGAAGCUCAACCUUAGCUCUCCCGAGGUGCGCAAGCCCAAUGAAGGCAGCACGAAGAAGUUCCCCGAAGGCAAGCCCCUCACCAAGGAGGAAGAGGAGGAAUACGUGGCCGGCUCCGGCGGCAAGGCCAAGCGCGAGCGCCAGCGCAAGGAGAAGACCAUCGUCGAGCUCGACAACGAGCGCCUCCACAAGGAGCCCAGCGACUCUUUCCGCGGCGGACGUGGCGGCCGUGGCCGUGGCCGUGGCGAGGGCAGCUUCCGAGGCGAGGGACGCGGACGAGGUGGACGCGGUCGCGGCGAGGGACGUGGCGAUUUCCGUGGUGGCAGAGGCGGCCGCGGCGGCCAGUCCGCUGCUGUCAACCUCUCGGACCCCAGCGCGUUCCCCAGCCUGGGCUCAUAGCCACAGCAAGCUCUCCUACGAGCGUAAGUCCUUCCUCUCUACCCAGUGCAUGCAACAGGUACUACAGGAUCGGCUCUCUGAAGCGAGGUGUUCCCAAAACCCUCCCUUUACAUAAAAUGGUAUAUUCGGUGGAUCGGAGCGGUGGCGGUGGUAGGCGACGGCAGGACGUACUCUGAGUCGCACAGUUUGUAGUUUUUUGGGCGAUGAAAAAGAAAAGAUUAAUCCUUUCUUCUUCUAUUGUGGUUCUCCAUUUAAAUCUCCUUUUUUUUUCUUCAGAUGCUUGGUAUCUGAAGGAGGGUAUGAGAUGGCGCG